AACGCAGUGUGUAAACUGUUGGAGGUGUGUGUGUACGCUGAGUGACUAUGUAAAUAUGGUUAGUAAGGUGAAAGAAAAAGUGAGAAAACGUCUUGAAAUCAGUCCGUUUAAAACAAGAUAGCCUAAUCGCAGACUGUUUGUAUUGUAUAAAAUAAUAGAGGAGGCCACGAGUCAGCACCGUCCAUCAAACAGCAGCAGAGCAGACGUGAAAAUACAGAAGUCUUUUUUUAUAUAAGAGAAAUUUGAUCCUCACAGAAAACAUGUUUACACACAGACUCCUCUUUCCACUACUAUAUUUCUUGGUUGUCUUAAUCGUACUACCGAUAUUCACCAGCGAUAAAGUUUAUUCCAUGUUUUAUCAAGAUGACGUGUCCAAAAACGCAGAGGUAGAUCAGAUGAAACUUGGCUAUAGGAAAAAAGGAGUUCAUAAUUAUUUACGAAGUUUAGAUGCAGGUGCCACACUUGAAUAUUACGAGGACAAAUUAUCCGAGUCGGUUGACAACCUGAUAAUCAUUUUCGCAAGGAAGCCCAAACACGAUGACCUCCUCCUGUCGCAACUAGUAGCCGAAGUAGACCGGAAUAUUAGAAAGGAAAAGUUCUACAAAAGUGCCUUUUUCGUGUGUAACGUAACAAGAAUUAAUUUCCCAGAACUCGACCUCCUAUCUCGAAUUUAUCCCGUUCGGCAAGCCAAGAACACAACAAGCUGGAAGCUCUUCAAUCGCGAGGAAGUCAUCAAACACGACUUCGUGGAGUGCAUUACGCAUGCCUUAUCUGAGGCGAACGCCAAGCACUUGACCCUCCUUAGGGAUCACGUGAUUCCGUAUUCCGGGUUCCUGCAGGUGCUCAAUCAAGUCAUCAUGACGAGACUUAACCGCACGAUCAGCCGCGGGGAGCUCAUACCGGCGUACUCCUCGUGGCUCUUCCUCCACCUGCAGGAACCCGUCCCCUUCCGACACUACGAAUUCAGCCUCAGUUGCGUCUACGAACUGAUCCUUAUCUCAAGUAUCGGUGGACUCCUGUUCUUCUUGGUCUUCUGGUGGGUGGAAGAACCGCGCCAUUACCAUCUAGUGUCCGUACGACUAACCUACAUCUUCUACGGCGUCCUCUACUUCUUCACCUUCGCGCUUAUCAUUGGACGACCUUACGUCAGCGAGCUACGCCGCUUUGCUCCGGAUUUCUAUCGUCUCUACGGCCCUCCGGAACCUGUCCACUUCUCUGCCAUGAGUCUCCCAACAUCCAGCGCAGCCAAGCUUGUAAAUUCCCUCAGCGACGUCAGGUGUUCUGUGUAUGUGCCUUUCCAUCGUGUCUUGGAUCACAUGGUCAACACGAUCGAACUCCCUGGUUACGUCAUAUCACCCAGUCUUGUCAAAUACGUUGUGAGGACUUAAAUGCAGAAUGGAGGGUGUGUUAGGCAAUAUUUAUGUGUGCCAGUAUAUAUAUAUGCAUUAUGCAUUUUAUAUUUAAUACUUUUGUGUGAUAACAGCAAGCAAAUUAUUCUUUUAUCUGGUGUUUGUGAUAGUGUGACGGUGGUGCCUUUAUUGUUACUUAGGUGCGUAUUGUUGUUUGUAACAUAUGUAUAUCUAGUCUUGUUCUUGGCAUGGAGAAAAGAAAGUACUCGCUAUUAUUUUCACUGCAGUCAUUUUCUGAAGUAAUUCAUUGUCAUCGUCAUUGUCAUUUACUUGUGAAAUUCCCUUUUAUUUGGUAUUUAUUUUACUGUCUGUGAAACAAGGUACUUAUGACUGUUACUUACUUUUAAAAUGUGCCUGAUAGUAUAUACAUUUAAUACAUGUGUAAAUAAAUUUGCCAUUUUGAAA